GUAAUAAUUUCUUUGUCUUUUCAUUCCGGUUCCCGGUUUGUAGUUGGACCGGGCCGACCUUUAGGGGUUCGCAGAGUUCCAGUAGGAGAUUAAUUCUGUCUGUGAUGUGAACUAACGGUAGUUCGGUCCGGAAGCAGCGUUACCACUUUGGACUUUUUUUUCUUCCGAGGAAUGACUCCGUCCGUCCGGUGGGUGAAGCUACAGGCGAUUAUCGAAUUAAUUAACCUGGUAGAACCAGGCGAGCAGUUCUCUUCUGUAAACCGGCUCCCUCCGCCCGCAGCAGCUCCUCCGGAACGCACGGUGGAGCUCGCCUCUGUGUAGCUGUUAGCAUCAGAAGCUAACGGCUAUAUGAACUGUACUGAUAUUUAUUGUAGCUGUUAGCAUCAGAAGCUAAAUGCUAUAUGAACUGUAGUGAUAUUGUGUAGUUGUUAGCAGAAGCUAACAUGACCUGUAUUUGCAUUCAGUGUAGGUGUUAGCAUCAGAAGCUAACGACUACAUGUUCUUAUGUGGUAUUUAGUGUAGCUGUUAGCAGCAGAAGCUAACGGCUACAUGUACUGUUGUGACAUUUAACUUGAGCUGCGUCACUUAACGGACGGUUCGCUCCGGUAACGUAGUGGCGCCGGUUCUGGUUCUGACCCACAGGUUGGCUCACAUCUCUGCCCUCGUUAGAACUGAAUUUAAACGUCCCAGUUUGGAAACUUCUCCUGAUUCUCGGUGUGUGCCGCGCAGGAGAAUGAGGAGCAACGUCCGGCGCAGCUCUCCGCCGCGGGAUGCUUCAGCGACACUAGCCGCCUCCUAAAGCCGCCUCUGGUGUCUGAUCCUGCGGCAGCUCCUGGGCGCUGUCGGGGCUUCGGUGGAGUGAAGGUCCGCCUGGAAGUCAGAUUUCCUGUAGAAGGAGGAGGAGGUGAAGAUGGAGAACCUGCUGGAGCAGUUGCUGCAGAAGGACCUGGGCGGGAGGCUCCAGGCGGGUCCGGAGGUCCUGGAGCUCCUGCUGGACGAGGAGAAGUGUCCCGACCUGGAGCAGGACCAGACGGCGCUGGACCGAGUGGUGGACGCCGUGGCCAGCUCCUGGGUCAACUCCAGCAACUUCAAGGUGGUUUUGCUGGGGAUGGAUAUUCUGUCAGCUCUGGUCAGCAGACUGCAGGAGAGAUUCAGGACGCAGGUUGGAACCGUUCUGCCCAGUCUGAUGGAUCGACUGGGAGACGCCAAGGACCAGGUCCGAGACCAGGACCAGGCUCUGCUGCUGAAGAUCAUGGACCAGGCUGCAAACCCACAGUACGUUUGGGAGCGAAUGAUGGGAGGAUUCAAGCACAAGAACAGCCGGACCAGAGAAGGACUCUGCCUCUGUCUCAUCUCAACCCUCAACGUGUUUGGAUCUCAGAGUCUGACGCUCAGUAAAAUUGUUCCUCACAUCUGUAACCUCCUCGGAGAUCCCACCAGUCAGGUGCGUGAUGGAGCCAUGAGCUGCCUGGUGGAGAUCUACCGCCAUGUUGGAGAACGAGUGCGAAUGGACCUGGGGAAGAAGGGCCUGCCACAGUCACGGCUCAACGUGAUCUUCAGUAAGUUCGAUGAAGUCCAGAGGUCGGGGAACAUGGUCCUGUCACCUGUGUCAGACAAGAACUUCGAGGACGAUGACUCGGUGGACGGCGGUCGCUCCUCGUCCUCGUCCAAAGGCGCCUCGCUGUCCGGGAGGAAGGCGGUGAGCAUGGGUUCGUUUCGACGGCCCGCCUCAGCCUCCAGCACCAAGUCUACAGGGAGGGAUGGAUCCGGUGCUGGAGCUGUGGAUGAGGAGGACUUCAUCCAGGCAUUUGAGGAUGUUCCCACAGUGCAGAUUUACUCUAACAGGGAGGUGGAGGAAGCCAUGGCGAAGAUACGAGAUGUUCUGUCUGAUGACAAGCGGGACUGGGAGCUCCGGGUUGCAGCCCUGAAGAAGGUGCGUUCGCUGCUGCUCGCUGGAGCUGCAGAGUUUGAUGGUUUUCUGCAGCAGCUGCGACUCAUGGAGGCGUCGUUUAAGCUGUCUGCCAAGGACCUGAGGUCUCAGGUGGUUAGAGAGGCCUGCAUCACCCUGGGCCACCUGUCCUCGGUGCUCGGCGGCCGGUUCGACCACGCAGCCGAGGCCAUCAUGCCGACUCUCCUCAACCUGGUCCCCAACAGUGCCAAAGUCAUGGCCACCUCCGGCGUGGCCGCCAUCCGCCUCAUCCUCCGACACACACACUACCCACGCCUCAUCCCCAUCAUCACCAGCAACUGUACCUCCAAAUCUGUGGCUGUCAGAAGGCGCUGCUUCGAGUUCAUGGACCUGCUGCUGCACGAGUGGCAGACGAGCGCUCUGGAGAGACACGGAGCGGUUUUAAUGGAAACCAUAAAGAAAGGAAUCCACGACGCCGACGCCGAGGCUCGAUCCGUGGCCAGGAAGUGUUACUGGGGUUUCCACGCUCACUUCAGCCGGGAGGCGGAGCUUCUGUUCCAGGGCCUGGAGUCGUCCUAUCAGAAGGCUCUGCAGGCUCACCUGAGGAGCGGCGACAGUCUGGCGUCACUUCCUGCCUCCGAUCGAUCCUCCUCGUCGUCUCAGGAGAGCCUCAAUCGACCUCUGACGGCUAAAAGCUCUGUGGGAAGCAGCAGAUCCAAAGCUCCUCAUUCCUCCCGGACGCCGGCGGCCUCGUCUCCCGGUUCUCUGCAGCGUUCUCGCAGCGACGUGGACGUGAACGCCGCUGCCACCGCCACCGCCAGGACCAGGAUGCCGCCCGUGCACACCACCGCCACCAUGCACGCUUCACCUUUCAGCUCGGCCUCCGCUCUGCCCCCCGGAUCCUACGCCUCGCUGGACGACUCGUGGUCUGUCGGUGCAGACGGUCGGGUCCGAACCCGGAGAACGAGUGCAGGAAACGGUCCGUCAGACAGUCGCGGUCGCAGCCGAGGAAAAGUCGUGUCUCAGUCUCAACCUGGAAGUCGGUCCGGUUCUCCAGGUCGACUUCUGGGCUCCACCUAUGCCAGGAUCCCCAGACCGACCAUGGGAACCGCCGCCGCCAGCAGCAGUCUGACCGACAAGAGCCGACCUCGGGGUCACCGGAGCCACGGCUGCAGCCGAGAGACCAGCCCCACCAGAUCCGGCACCGCCCGGAGUCGAAUCCCCCGACCCAGCAUGAGUCAAGGCUGCAGCCGCGAAACCAGUCGCGAGAGCAGCCGUGACACCAGCCCCGCCAGGGGUUUCUCCCCCCUGGCGACCCGCCGUCACUCCCGUUCUACCAGCGCCCUGUCCUCUGCAGAGUGCUACUCAGACCGACUCUCACAUCAGGCUCGGAUCUCGGCCUCCGUCAACGCCAUGAAGAUCCUGAACACCGGCACCGAAGUCGAGGCUGCCGUCGCCGACGCUCUGCUCUUAGGAGACUCAAGGAGUAAGCGGCGGCCGGUCCGGCGGCGCUUCGAGUCUCCAGGGAUGUACUCGGAUGACGACGCCAACAGCGACGCCUCCAGCGCCUGCUCAGAGCGCUCCUACGGCUCCCGCAACGGAGGCAACGCUCCGCCGCAUUUCCUGCGUCAGACGGAGGACGUGGCCGAGGUUCUGAACCGCUGCGCCAGCGCCAACUGGUCCGAGAGGAAGGAGGGUCUGCUGGGCCUGCAGAACCUUCUACGGAGCCACAGGACGCUCAGCCGUGUGGAGCUGAAGAGGCUCUGUGAGAUCUUCACCAGGAUGUUUGCAGAUCCUCACAGCAAGGUGUUCAGCAUGUUCCUGGAGACGCUGGUGGACUUCAUCCUGCUGCACAGAGACGACCUCCACGACUGGAUGUUCGUCCUCCUCACUCAGCUGCUGAAGAAGAUGGGAGCCGACCUGCUGGGCUCGGUCCAGGCCAAAGUCCAGAAGGCCCUGGACGUCACCAGGGAGUCGUUCCCGUACGAGCAGCAGUUCAACAUCCUGAUGCGUUUCAUCGUGGACCAGACGCAGACGCCCAACCUGAAGGUGAAGGUGGCCAUCCUGCGCUACAUCGAGGCUCUGGCUCGCCUCAUGGACCCGGCCGACUUCGUCAACUCCAGCGAGACCCGCCUGGCCGUGUCCCGGAUCAUCACCUGGACCACCGAGCCCAAGAGCUCCGACGUCCGAAAGACCCUCCAUAGCUGGGCAGGGGAGGACUGGCCCGGCCGACCCGGCACCGUGGCCUCUCUGCCGGGGGAGGCCCACCUGGAGGACAGGUGCAAGCAGGCGGCCCAGGUGGUUCUGAUCGCUCUCUUCCAGCUCAACACUCCAGAGUUCACGAUGCUGCUCGGAGCGUUGCCUAAAACCUUCCAGGACGGAACCACCAGACUGCUGCACAACCACCUGAGGAACAGCAGCGUCGCCAUGGCGUCUCCCAGUAACUCGACCGGUCGGACGCCUCCUCGACAGCCCGGCAGUCGCAGCAGUCCGCUGACUUCACCCACCAACUGUUCCCUUUCACCCAGUCGGCUGUGGGGUUGGAGCUCUGAUGGCCUUUCCCGGCUGCCUCCUCCACCCUUUCCUUCCCCUCUACCUCCACCCUCUACCCACUGCUCCCUCCAGGCCCUGAGGCCGUCUUCCUCCCCCAGCCUGUUGGAGUACGACAGCGAGAACCUGAACUCGGAGGAGAUCUACAGCUCGCUGCGGGGCGUCACCGAGGCCAUCCAGAACUUCAGCUUCCGCAGCCAAGAAGACCUGAUGGAGCCUCUGAGACGAGACGGCAAGAGAGACGGCAUGCCGGGCGUCGGGGCGUCCUCGGACUCUGACCCUCGUGGUGACAUGGUGGACGGUGGUCGGAUGGCUCUGGACAACAAGACGUCGCUGCUCAACACUCCUUCACCACGGUCCUUCGCUGGGCCGCGGUUUAGAGAAUACAACCCUUAUAACUACAGCGACAGCAUGGACAAGGCCGCCCUGAAGGAGGCGCUGUACGAGGACGCCGUGGAGAGAGAUGGACGCCGGCAAGAAAGUGUGGAAAACAAGAUCCUGAACCCUAAAAGCUUCCCGGCCGGUCCUGCAGAGCAGCUGGAGCUGGUCGGGGGGCUGCUGAAGGAUCUGUCCCAGGGCCAGGCGCCGGACCGGGGCCCGGAGGAGCGGCGGGGGACCCUGCUGGAGCUCCUGAAGGUGGCCCGAGAGGACAGCCUGGUGGUCUGGGAGGAACACUUCAAAACCAUGCUGCUGCUGCUGCUGGAGACUCUGGGAGACAAAGAUCACACGAUUCGAGCCCUGGCCCUGCGAGUCCUGAAGGAGAUCCUGAGGAACCAGCCGGCCCGGUUCAAGAACUACGCCGAGCUCACCAUCAUGAAGACACUAGAGGCCCACAAGGACUCCCACAAAGAGGUUGUCCGGGCGGCCGAGGAGGCGGCAUCCACGCUGGCUGGCUCCGCCCAGCCGGAGCAAUGCAUCAAGGUGCUGUGUCCCAUCGUGCAGACGGCCGACUACCCCAUCAACCUGGCCGCCAUCAAGAUGCAGACCAGAGCCAUUGAGCGCAUCGCCAAGGAGCCGCUGCACCUGCUGCUGCCGGACGUCAUACCUGGACUGCUGCAGGGCUACGACAACACGGAGAGCAGCGUGAGGAAGGCCAGCGUCUUCUGCCUGGUGGCCAUCUACUCUGUGAUCGGAGAGGAGCUGAAGCCUUACCUGGCUCAGCUGACCGGCAGCAAGAUGAAACUGCUCAACCUGUACAUCAAGAGAGCCCAGACCUCCACCAGCAACAGCAGCAGCUCCUCCGACAUCUCCUCCUACUGACUCCACUAGGACCUCCUCCUUCCUGCGGCCGUUGCCAGUAGGAAGGCGUUCUGUGUCGGACCGGGCCCUGUGCCUCCACCAUCCCAUCAUGAAGAGCCUCCACCGUUAGUCACGAGCCUUAAGACUUCCUAGAAACCAUUUUUAAAACCGCGACUGAAUGUGAGGAACAGAAAACGUUCUCACAAAGACUCGAGGUGAGUUUGACGAAAAGUUUUAGCGGAGCUUCCUCGAAACUAUCAGGGUUUUUAUCCUUUGAUUCACUCCUCUGAGCAUAUAUACAUACAGAAAAGUUAAUAUUUGGUUCAAUGUCCCUUCUGGUUUCCGUCCACAAGCUUCUGGUUGAUCUUUGACUCCUCUGGACACUAUACCUACCAUCAAGCAUGGAGGUGGCAGUAUCAUUAUAUGAUCAACUUAACUGACUUACGUCUUUCUGACUUGGUUCUUCAGGUUCUUGAUGAGUUUAAGUUAUUGAGUUUGGGGAGACAAGUCCAGAACCUUCAUUCCAGCCUGAUGGAACCAUUUCUUUACCACAUCUGAUGUGUGUUUAGACUCAUUGUCAGGUUGAAGCAUCCCGCAUGCUGAUGGUUUUAGGUUUUCCUGAAGAACUUGGAGGUAAUCCUCCUCCUUCAUUAUUCUAUUUACUUUGUGUGAAGCUCCAGUUCCACACUCCAGUGCUGCCACCACCAUGCUUGAUAUUAGGUUUUGGAUUAAAAAAAAAGUCAAAGACCCACCUAAGACAGUCUGAAAUCAGUCCUCAAAAGGUCUAGAACCAGGACCAAAACCAAACCUACACUACUCCUAAAGUCCAAAACUGCCCAAAAUACAGUCUGAAAGCAGUCCUUAACAGGUCGUGAAGACCAGUAGUAAACCAGUCAGCCAACCAUUUUUUAAACUUAUUUCUGAAUCUGAGGAGGUGAAAAUGUUCUCACAAAGACUUGAGGUGAGUUCUAUGAAGACUUUUAGUUGUUCCUCUAAACUGUCAGUGUUUUUCUCCUUUGAUUCACUUCUCUGAGCGACGUUUUGCUUUGACACAUCAAACCUUAUUGUAAGCUGAAUGUAAAGAGCUCACCCGUUCCUGAACUACUGCCUGGUAAAUCCGCCCUGGAGCGUCCUCCAGGCUUCCAAGGCUGAAUUCAAGAGUUGACGAGUCAAAGGUUCUGCCGUGGGAAGAAUGUGAAGUUCAUGUCAGUCUGCUGCGAUCGAUCAUUUGGCUGGCCAAUGAUUUAAAGCACUACAGAUAGAAAUAUAUAUAUUCAAAGCAAGUUUUAUUAUAUUGGGCCCAAGUAGCAGCAGAAAAUAUCAGUGUUGUUAUUUAAGAAAUCAUUUUUCAUGUAUGAAGGAACCAAGAAUUCUGUCUGCGCGACUCUUAUCGGAUGGAUUUCCAUUUAAAAACGACACUCAGCUACAGGUUCCUGCUAAAAACUGGAGAAAAAGGAGGUAUUUUACAGUUUAGUCAACAUUGAAUUCAAGUGUCAGCUGGUUAAACUAGAUAGAAUUUGUUAAAUCACUAAAAUUCAUUGGAAAACACUGCUUUACGUGACUUUAUGCUGCAGUUUAGGUCGACAACAACACUGCUUUUAUUGGAAUAUCCCAAUAAAACUUUGUUUUUCCCCGAUUAUUUUUGCGUAAAAGAUAAAUUUGUAGACUGUUAUUGGAAAAUAACUCAAAAUUGAUCUAAACAAACCACAAAAACAGUGUAAAAAAUGAUGCGAAAUUAGAUUUAAGUUUGGAAAUUUGAGAUUUUUACAGAAUCUGAUUAACUUAUUUGGUGUUUUUUUCCCUAUAUUUAGUUAAAAAAGUCUAAAAAAAAACACGUCUUUUUAAUGUGAUAUCCCAAUAAAACUAUUUUUUUUCUUGAUUCUUUUCACGUUCAAGAUAAAUUUGUGGACUUUAAUUGUAAAAUAAUUCAAAAUUGGUCUAAACAAACCAAAAAAAGGUUUUUAAAAAAAUGACUUAAAAUGUGUCUAGAAUGACUUGAAACGUGUCCAAUUCUCCACAAUGACUUAAAAUGAGAUUUUAUGUUUGAGAAUUUGAGCUUUUUUUUUUUUUUUUUUUUACAGAAUAUAAUUAACUUAAAUGGGUUUUUUUAUAUAUAUUUAUUUACAAAUUUUCUCAAUGUCCAAAACAGCAAAAACACGUCUUUUUAAUGUAAUAUCCCUAUAAAACUUUGUUUUUGUCUGUUCAGUUUCAUGCUAAGUUUUAUUAGCAGACCUGCUCAUGUUAAUGUAUAAAUGUACGUUAUUUUUUCCACUUUUUCAAUCCAAACGUAGAAAGCUGUCGAGAAAAAAGCCCCAAUCCAAUGCUUACAUCGAUUUAAAGAACUAAAAAAGUUGCUUUUAAAUGGAAACCAGCCGAUAAAUGUCAGAUCUGGUGUAUUUCUGCUGUAAAUAUUUCAAACCACUGAAAGGUGAAUCUGCUGCCGAGUGGAGACUACUGUUGGUUUCAUUCCUGUCAAAUAUCUGAUGAUGAUCUUAAACAUUUUAAAUCAGCUGCUUGUGUUGUGAACCGAAUGCGAGUCCGUCUGAGACUUCCACCGGAAAAAUGUGAAAUAUUCCCAAUGUGUCCGAAGGUUCGGACGAUCAGAACGUCAGCAAUAAACUGUGAGGAGUUUCCUCCUCGCUUCCACAACCGACGUUCUGCUGCUCAGAAACUUUAUCGUCCUCAAACCAACGAGGAGCCGGAGCCAUUCGUCGGUUUGUUGUGACGCUAAAAAUGAAGCUACAGGUUGAUCGCCAUGGACAAAAACAACUCCACAAUGGUUAAAAAUGUCCUGAAAUUGGUGUAAAAUAUCUUUUAAAUUGCGCAAAAGUCUUCAAACCUUGUGUAAAAUUACUGAAAAUCAAUCAAAAGUUGAGCAAAAGGCCUUGCACUCUGUUCAGAAUUACUCAGUUUGUCUAAAAGUACUGUAGCCUUGUCAAAAACAGAUAUUCAACUGAAAGUAUUACCUAAAUGCCGAAAAGUUGCCCAAAAUUAUUUCAGAAUGACCACAAAUAUCUCAACUAGCUCAAUGUCUGUCCAAAAAGAUUUGAAAUGUGUCCAGAAAUGCUCAGAAUUUAUCCUAAACGACCAAAAUGUCUUUAAUAAGUCAGUCUGUCCUAGAAGACUUAAAAGUUGCACAAAAUUCCUUGAAAUUUGUCUGAAACAAUUCAGACCUCAUGGAAAUCUGUUACACAAAAUGAAAAAAUGAGACAUUAUGACAUAAAAGUACAAAAUAUGACACAAACAGAACAAAACAAUCGAGACCUAAAAUGACAAAUUAGAGAAAUGAGACAAAAAACCCACAACAAAUACAGAAAAUUACAAAAAAAUGGACAAAUAAAAACCAAAGUACACAAACGAGACAUAAAAUGACAAAAAGUAGAUAAAUUAGCACAAAACAACACAAAACAGGAGACAAAAAAAAUGAAGAAAAUGAGGCAUAAAAUUAUGCAACUUUGACAAAUUUAAACAAUGAUAAAAAUGAGACAAAUUUAGACAUAUCACAAAUUCAGAGACAAAAUGGAACAGUAACGAGAACCUAACUGGGUUUCAGCAGGAAGUGGAGUCUGAAGUUAAAUAAAUCAAGUUGUGAGCUCCUGUAGCUUCUGAUUUUAACGUCUCAGCAGAAAGUUCGUCGGCCUUAUUUCACUCUGCGACUGUUAAACCACGAGUUUAAACUUUAGUUCCUCCAACAACGAGCUUCUACUUCCUCAUUUGGUGCCUUCGGCUACAAACUGGAGCCUGUAAAUACGCUGAGUUCUGCCCGCAUGCUUUUAUUUUGGUAGCUCUACUUCCUGUGUAUAUAUAUUAAAUGUUUGGUUCUCACCUGUGAUAGAAUUUACAUUAAAUAAACGUUCACACUUCA